AUGACAGAAAAAGAAGAAACAGAAAAGCAUGAAGUCGAGGGCACCAACGAUAUCGACCCAGUUCCCCGGAGCCCGUCAUCACACGAGGAAUCCACCGUCGGCUACGAGUCCAAUGGCCUCGCCCCGGCCCCAACACACACGAGUGCCUUGUACCGAACGUUGUCAGUUGUCCGCACUCGUGAAUCCGGGAGAGAUCUCGGUCCACCACCGGAUGGGGGCUUUCAAGCCUGGUCCCAGGUUGCCCUGGCGCACUUUGUGAUCUUCAACACCUGGGGGUACAUCAAUAGCUUCGGCGUGUUCCAAACAUACUACACGCAGACGCUAGGACACCCGCCCUCAGAUAUUUCGUGGGUGGGAAGCAUUCAGAUCUUCCUGCUCUUCUUCAUCGGGACCUUCUCUGGCCGUGCGACAGAUGCGGGCUACUUCAAGUUUAUUCUGGCAGUGGGCGCCAUCCUGGAGUGUUUCUGUAUCUUUAUGACCUCGCUGUGCACGAAAUACUGGCAGCUCUUCCUUGCCCAGGGAGUCGGACAGGGCAUCGGGUGUGGUCUCAUGUUCUGUCCCACGCUGGCCCUGAUCUCGACCUACUUUGCAAAGCGGCGCGGGAUCGCCAUCGGCAUUGUGGCCUCGGGCUCGGCUACCGGUGGCCUUGUGUUCCCCGCGGUCAUCAUGCGCAUGCUGCCCGAGGUCGGGUAUGGGUGGACAGUACGGACGUUGGGGUUCAUCUCACUGGCCACGCUUCUCCCCUGCGUGCUGUUCCUGAAGCAGCGUCUACCGCCUCGCACGAGUGGCCCGCUCGUAGAAUGGGGUGCUUUCACCGAGUUGCCGUAUCUCCUGUUCGCGGUGGGGAUGUUCAUGAACUUCUGGGGCCUGUACAUCGGUUUCUUCUACAUCGGGAGUUUCAGCCGCAACAUCAUCGGCGUAUCCCAGACUAUCUCCAUCGAUCUGCUGAUGGUCAUGAACGGCGUCGGACUGCUCGGUCGACUCGUUCCCAAUCUACUGGCCGAUCAGUAUACCGGCCCACUCAACCUGCUGGUUCCGUUCAGCCUCCUGACGGGCGUGGUGGCUUACUGCUGGGCGGGCGUGACCAGCCUGUCAGGGCUUUGGGCCUUUGCGGUAUUCUAUGGCCUCUUUGCGGCAGGAAUCCAGUCGCUCUUCCCGGCUACCUUGAGCACCCUCACCACUGAUCUGAAGAAGAUCGGCGUGCGCAUGGGAAUGGUUCUCAGCGUGGUGGCCGUCGCCGCCCUCAUCGGCUCACCCAUUGCCGGUGCUUUGAUCCAGCGGGACGACGGCGAGUACCUGUACGCACAGAUGUUCAUGGGCAGCACCAUCUUACUGGGCACGUUGACGUUGAUCGGGGCGCGGGUGACUCGAGUGGGCACGGGCCUGGCGCGGGUGUAG